CCACCUCAUUUCGUAGUCCACUCAAAUUGCUGGAUACACGACUCACGGUCGUUUGAUAACAAAUGAGCCUAGUUCAUACGGCGCCCAGGCCUCGUUACGUUCACUGUUCAUAGACCGUACCCCAGGCCAGGAUGUACAUGUACAUGUACAGUGUACUGUACGUAUAUUCAGCAGUCUGUGCAUGCGUACUCUGUAGGUUGUACAUGUACAUGUGCACUCAAUGUUUUCACCGCAAACUGCAUGUGUAGGGCCUAUUUCGUUGAGAUCGGUAUCCUAACUACUUCAAGCUCUAUCAACAACGAUGUUGCCCUUGUGAAAUGGUUAUCAUUGCCUACUGCUAAUAUGAGAAAGUUCUGGUUUUUCUGGAACCGUUUUCAAGUGGAUUUUCAGCUACGAUUCUCAGUUGUCAAACUGCAGCGUCCAUGGUGCAUGCCGCGCUAGCUUAGCGCUAGCGGCAUUAGCAGCGUUAUAUAGACCGUGAAGUCUGUAACUGUAUCGCGGAUUUGUUUACCUAGCUAAAGACUUGCAACAUGGACCGCGAAGUGAAUGGGCCACGGGCGGUCUACACCGUGUGUCUCUACACCUGUCUCCUACUUUGUACUUGUACAAUUCGACUUGUAUGUGGUGAGGUCCACUGUUACUGUAACUCGCCAAGAUGUUCAUCGAGUAACUACAUGUGCAAAUCACAAAUCGGGUGUUAUUCCUUCCUGGUCGACCACAAAGGGAACACUAACGACCCGUACCUCCAUGGUUGUAUCGAAUCCAUCACAUUGGAGAAAUGUGAGGAGAUAUCUCGCUUGAACAAUGGAACAACAGAUGUGCCGUCUGAGACGUCCUCGCAAUACCAAGAACUGUCCUGUUGCUUUGAAAGUAUGUGCAACUUUAAAGACGAAGCAGAGGUUAAAAAUAGUGCUGAUACAUUGGAUAAUCAAUAUAUGAAUGAGCCUUAUGAGGCAGUUAGUGAGCAGGCCAUUUGGUUUAGAGCCGCCGUAAUCGCUGUACCAAUCGCAGGAGCUUGUAUUCUGAUUGGACUUAUCAUGGUUGCUGCAAGGAUGCUUCGCAGUGAGGAUAAACAAUUCACCAAGCUGAGCGUUAACGUCCGACAGAGGGCGGCAUUACGGACUCACAGCGCUCGUAAUUCAACCAUCCACAGAACGCCACAAUUUCUCGAAAACUCUCGUGUGAAGAACAUUAACAUCACGGGAAACAAGUUGGUGGAUCCAUUCGUUGGUCGACCGAAUAAGAUCAACAAUAUGAACAACAUGUCCAAGGUUACCAAUGAACUGUUGCAUCAACAGCGAUGUGUAAAUGAGUGUCCACGACUGAUAUCAACACAGCACUACGAGAAAAUGUACAGGGAAAACUUCGACGUUGUAUAGCAGUGUAAGAGCGCCCCCACAUCCACCAGGAGCUCGAUAGUAAUCUGUAAUUUUACUGUGUAUUUUUGUAUAACCCGUGUCUAUAAUGUACAAAGAACAAAAUUAUGUACAGAAGUGUAUUUCAUAAUUACAGGAAUUAUCCUAAAAGGUUAUCUUUAUUGUACAGCUGUUUCAACAAUUAUGGCUAUUAUUAAUAUCGAACAUUAUUAACUUCAAAAGAGAAGGAUAAGCUCUCAUUACUGUAUUUUGUAGCUGCCAAGCUUUUAUGUCCACGAAGUCAAAGGCGUCGGAUACCACGACAUAUUGCAUGUACAGUACAUGUACAUGUAUUAUUGUAUGGACGUAAUAAGUUACUUCCUGGUAAAAUAUUACGUAUCAUGGUUGGAUUUCGAAGUUUAUUUUUAGAAAGAAUUCAUUAUUCUUGUAAGUCUACGAGAGAUCGUCCUCUUAUAACAGCGAAGUACAUGUAUAAGAAAGCAAGUUGCUAAACUCCUGUAUCUCGUACAUUCAAAUGUUUAAAUGAACCGUUUUGAUCACUUGUGUCAUUUUUCUCUUGCUCCCUAUGAAUGAUAAGAAAUCGUUGUAGGUUUAACUAUAAGAAGGAGUUGAGUUUGCCUGCAAACCUCUUGGUAUUUAAAUACAACGGUUCAUCGAAAAAAAAUUUUAAAAAUUGCAAUGCAUAUUUCGAAUCUUCCUUUUUUUAACGUGUUGAUUAAGUGAUUGUUCAUAACAUGGACAAUUUUGGACGAAUGUCAAACUUAAGAAGCAAGUCAAGGAUUUACUUAAUUGUCAUUUCUAGUCUCCGGUCACCGUCUGAUAACAAGUUGGCGAUUUUUACCAUCUGAGAGUAACAACCUUAAGGUGUUUAUAAAGCUCAUGUGAGGAUGACAUCACAACGUAAUGUACUGACGAUGACUCACUUGUAGUUUUAAUUGACGUGCGUAUUCAAUGGGAGCUAGGUCGUAAUGGACGGGCUCUGAGUUCCACAUACCACACUCUGUGUGAAGUCAGCACUUACAGCUUCUGUUGGCCUCUUGGUUAUUCUGUCAAGUCAGACAUUAAUAAUUUAUCAGUAAAAUAGAAAUCCUCAUUGGGUUAUUCUGUCUUUCAUUCACACAAAUCUUUCUGUGAUUUUAAAUGCAUAGUGAAGAAAGAUGUCUCGUUGAUAGUGACAUCUCUUUGACGAUUUUCCUCUUUCUUGUUUUUGAAAUCUUCAAAAAACCUUUAUUGGUUUCACAUAACCAUGUUAUCCGGCCUUAAAUGUAUGGCAUGUUAGUCUUAAAGCAUGUUUAAUAGUGCAAAAUCAUUUGUCAGUUUUCACCAACGAAAAGGUUUUGUGUACGUUAAUAUAAAGUGUCCAUCAUUGUCAAAAUUUCGAAUGUUGCUUGUGCAAGCUCCAUUUUGAUUAAGUCCUUUAACUUGAUAAGUUUUGUUCAAGUAAUAUUAUGACCAUUAUAAAUGGCUUAAAAAGCUAGAAAGGGAGACAAUGCCAUUGAUGUUUAAAGGUGUUCUUUUUGUCUCGACUAAUGAAUCAAGUGAAAAUAAGUGCGAUUGGCGAAUGAUUUUGAGAAAGAAUUAAGCGUGGUGGUUGACUUGGUCUCGAAACGUUUCCCAACCUUUGUCAUUUGUUUUGAAUGUCAGCACUAAAAGGUUUAUUAUUUAGACGGUUGGUAUUUCUGUUAUACUGACGAACUAUUUGCCAUUUAUAUACAAAUAAAUCUGGAUAAAACUGAA